UAGACAAAGCUCCGGUUUUCAUCUGCAGCCGUGAGUGAAGAACGCUAGGGCCCAAAAUUCGUGCCUUCGCUCCCAACAAAAACCAAAAACCAGCGACUCCUCUCUCUCCCUCUCUCUGUAACACGACCUUAUAGAGAGAGACGAUUCUCUUUAAAUCAAAGACAAUAUUCAAUAAGCUUUCCUUUUGCUGCAGUUACCCAAAAUCCUCCAUUCUGGGAUUUUAACCAAAGAAAAAUUUCUCUAUCUUCUUUUGUGGUGGUCGCCUGAGCUUGUUAUAUUGCUUAAUGGCUAACAACCCUCCAUAUUCCAGUAUACAGCCUCUUCAGCCUCCUCCUCCAGUUGGCUCCAUGGAUCAUCCCCGAAAUUUUGCUCCACCCAUGCCUGUUCAAUUCCGACCAGUUGUUCCUGGGCAACAGUCACAGCAGUUCAUUCCUAUGGCUGCUCCACAUUUCCAGACUGUUGGCCGAGGUGUCCCUAUGAUGAAUGCUGGAUUGCCUGCUCAACCUCCACAGCCCCAAUUUCCUCAAUCAGUGCAACAGUUACCAGCAAGACCUGGACAACCAGGCCCGGGUCCACCACCAUCACAGGUCAUUGCAUUGCCAAAUGCUCAGCCAAGCAGGCAUGUUGCACCUGGAUCAUCUUUGCCUCCACCUAGUGUUCCAACUCCAAUUAACUAUGUACCUGGUUUAGGUGGUCCAGGAGCACCUGUACCCCUUUCUACAUCAUAUACUUUUGCACCAACAUCUUAUGGUCAACCACCAGUAACAUUCAAUGCAGUAAGUCAGUAUCAGCCAAUGGCUCAAAUGCAUGCACCAAAUAUUCCUGCUGGAGGACAGCCUGCAAUAUCAUCUGCAAAUCAGAGCACUGCCCCUGUUGCACCUGUGCAGCACAAUGGGGAACAAUCUUCAGUUACUACUGCCAAUGUUCCGACAACAGGUAUCCAGCCCUCUAAGCCUACAGAGGAGAUUGCAACAGACUGGAAAGAGCAUGUAUCUGCCAAUGGAAGAAGAUAUUAUUAUAAUAAGAGGACAAGACAAUCAAGUUGGGAGAAGCCUUUUGAAUUGAUGACGCCAAUUGAGAGGGCGGAUGCAUCAACUGACUGGAAGGAAUUUACUAGUCCUGAUGGAAGAAAGUAUUACUUCAACAAGGUUACCAGGCAAUCAAAAUGGGAAAUCCCUGAGGAAUUGAAGUUGGCUCGUGAACGAGCUGAAAAAGCAUCUAUAGUGGAGACCCAGACAGAAAAUUCAGCAAAUUCUCAUAACCAAGCUGCUGUUCCUCCAUCUGUGGAAAAAACACCAUCUGGUGCAGAUGCUUUGGCUUUCCCAGCUCAAGGGACGCCUUCGAGCCCAGUUCUUGUCACCCCUGUUGCAACUGUUGGUAAUUUGCAAUCUGAAUCAGCUUCUGAAUCAUCAGCCUUACCUGUCAUCUCUUCUUCUGUAACUAGCAAUCCAGAUGGAGUUCAGACAACUGAGAAUCCAGUUUCUGCUGUCUCGGGAAGUUCUGAAGUGACUGCUGCUGGGAUUGGGGUCGAUACCACAACAGCGCCGAUGGACAACUCCAGUAACUUUUCGGGUCAAGAUAAUUAUAGUUCUGCAAAUAAAGCUCCUGCACAAGAUAAAGAGGAAGCUGCAAAAGAUGUAACAAGUGAAAAGGUCAACAAUAUUUCAUUGGAAGAAAAAGCUGUUAGUCAGGAGUCCUUGACUUUUGCUGAUAAAGUGGAGGCAAAGAAUGCAUUCAAAGCACUUUUGGAGUCUGCAAAUGUUGGGUCUGACUGGACUUGGGACCAGGCCAUGAGAAUGAUAAUCAAUGACAGAAGAUAUGGUGCACUGAAAACACUUGGAGAACGGAAGCAAGCAUUUAAUGAGUACUUAGGACAAAAGAGAAAACAGGAGGCUGAGGAAAGGCGGAGUAAACAGAAAAAAGCAAGGGAAGAUUUCAAGAAUAUGCUAGAAGAAUCCAGAGAGCUUUCAUCAACCACGAGAUGGAGCAAAGCAGUGACAAUGUUUGAAAAUGAUGAGCGUUUUAAAGCUGUUGAACGAGAAAGAGACCGCAGAGAUCUGUUUGAUGCCCACUUGCAGGAACUUGAAGGAAAUGAGCGAGCAAAGAUACAGGAGGAGCGCAAACGGAAUAUUAUGGAGUAUAGGCAAUUUUUGGAAUCUUGUGACUUUAUUAAGGCUAGCACACAGUGGCGAAAAGUUCAGGAUCGGUUAGAGGCAGAUGAGAGAUGUUCUCGUCUUGAAAAAAUUGAUCGCUUGGAUAUUUUCCAGGAUUAUUUACGUGAUUUAGAGAAGGAAGAGGAAGAGCAGAGGAAGAUCCAGAAGGAAGAACUGAGAAAGACAGAGCGUAAAAAUCGUGAUGAAUUCCGCAAGCUAUUAGAAGAACAUGUUGCUGCUGGCAGUCUGACAGCCAAAACCCAUUGGCGUGAUUAUUACUUGAAGGUUAAAGAUUUACCUGCAUAUUUGGCUGUUGCGUCAAACACCUCAGGUUCAACUCCAAAAGAUUUGUUUGAAGAUGUUGCUGAGGAGCUAGAGAAACAGUAUCAUGAGGAUAAGACUCGGAUAAAGAAUGUUGUGAAGUUGAAAAAGGUUGUUUUGCCAUCAACCUGGACUCUUGAAGAUUUUAAGGCUGCUAUUGUGGAAGAUGUCAGCCCUCCACCUAUAUCAGAUGUGAAUCUAAAGAUAGUAUUUGACGAAUUGCUGGAAAGAGCCAAGGAAAAGGAGGAGAAAGAAGCAAAGAAGCGUAAACGUCUUGCAGAUGAAUUUCUGAAUUUAUUGCACUCUAUUAAGGAAAUAACUGCAUCUUCAAAAUGGGAGACCUGUAAAGAACUUUUUGAAGGAAGCCGAGAGUUCAGUUCUAUCAAUGAGGAGGGCAUAUGCGAGGAGAUAUUUGAGGAAUACAUAGCUCAAUUGAAAGAACAGGCAAAGGAGAAUGAGAGGAAACGGAAGGAGGAAAAGGCUAAAAAGGAAAAGGAGAGAGAGGAAAGGGACAGGAGAAAGUCAAAGCAUAGAAGUGACAAAGAGAGAGGGCAUGAAAGGGAAAAGGAGCACAUAAAGAAGGAUGAAGCUGACACUGAAAUUUUUGACCUAACAGAAGAUCAUUUUUGUAAUGAUAACAGAAGAUCAGUGAAUGACAAUAACAAGAAACAUAGGAAGAGGCAUAACGAUUCUGUGGAUGAUCUAAAUGAGAGCGAGAAAGAUCGGUCUAAGAGUUCCCACAGACAUAGCAGUGACCACAAAAAGUCAAGACGGCAUGCCUCCACUCCUGAUUCAGAUGGUGAAAGCAGACAUAAGAGACAUAAGAGAGACCAUCGUAAUGGUUCUCGCAGAAAUGGUGAUCAUCAGGACCUUGAAGAUGGGGAAUUUGGUGAUGAUGGGGAAACUUGGUAGAUAUAUUAUCCUACAGGUGGUUUUUUGCCCUCAGUGCUAUAUCUGUAGUGGAAGACGUUUGUUUUCUGUAGUGUACUUUAUAUUUUCAGCUUACUGUAGUUUCUACCUGCAAUGGUUUCUGCUUUAGUCAGCCCAUAUCUAUGUAACAGUAACAGGCAUUUGGAUAGUUUUUGAGAUGAGUCUAAUUGUUUUAUAACUUUGCAAAAUAAUUUAAGAAAAUCUAAAUAUUAGCGAAAUUACAUAGAA